UCAAAAAUAUAACCUAAAAACUUUAAUAAUCACUGAAUAUGACAAAUCCACUUACUGCAACAUUACUUCUAGCUGCCGGAGUUAUCAUUACAUCGCAACAUCUCUGUAACGCUGUCGAAUUUCGGACCGAUAAGGAUACCUCUGAGGGUCUUAUUUCCAAAUACGGAAGCGACUUUCAGCAAGCUGGCUCAACCUGCGGAGAAGUCAUUACCGGGCUAGCUGGAGCCAUAAACUAUCAUGUUGGUGAAAAUACCACUGACGAGCAUUGCGUUUGGACAAUUCUAGUCCCAAGAAAGCAUACGAUUCAGAUUCAAAUGAUAUACGACGGUUUUGAUACAACAUGCGGGCAUUGGGCUUGUCAGUACGUUUACGCAUUUGGUCUUAACCGGGGCGCGUUAACGAUGAAGUUCGCCUUGCAAACCGGUGAUCGCAACGUUUACAACAUGACAGGAAGUUCUUUCCUACAAAUUGAAUUUGCCUCCACGGGCCGUGCAACGCAUGGAUUUUCCCUCACAUUUCAAGGGAUCGGGGAUGAUAUUCCUAACAAUCAUUCCCACUACGAUGCACCCAGAUCCUACCAAAUCUAUCCCACGAAAAACAUCGACUCACCAAGCGGACUUAUUAAUUACCCGUCAAAUGACCCCGGUCAAACCUUUCUGGCAACCUUUGUCUCAUUUACUGUCCAUGCUACACGUCACAAUCCGGUGUACUUGACGCUAAAUUCGUUUUCCGGAUAUAAACCGAUUGAUAGUUGUGCUUCCUUCCGACAUACACUUAUUGUCAGUGAUUUCGAUAGGAGACUAUUGGAAAUAAAUGGUGUAAACUCGGCUGCUCCGGCACGACUGCGACACUGCGGAGAAUUGAGGAAUGCGACAACCAUUUACUCCCAGCUUCCACUUACCGUCUCAUUCUAUGCAACGUUUAAUGAUGGAAAUCCAUGGAAUACUUUUCAAAUUACGUGGGAACACACAAACCCGGCUUGAGAGUAUAUCGAAACAGUAAAAAUUUAAAAAUACUAUAUUUUCAGAACCAAUUAUGAGUCUGAAAUCUAAAUGACAAAUUACCGCUGAAAAUUACAAACAUUCAUUUUAAUCAC